CACGUUCUUGCACUCUGCCUCUGCUCAGCGUCCUCUCACUGGAUCAAUGGAGCACAGGAGGUGAUUUCAGCCCCUUGAUUUAUUAGUAAUCCCUGGUUGUUGGAACAAGCCAAUUAAAAGGAUUCUGAGUGUGUGCACGCCUGUGUGGAUGAUCCUGAGACAGAAACGACGCUGCUGCUGCUGUGUCUGACUGUUCUCUCACGCUUCACUGUGGACCAGGAGGCAGCAGGGAGAAGAGGGUUGCAGGGUGGUGGGGGGCUUGGAAGAAGAAGAGAAGGAAGUAACGAGGGACAGACAACUGGGCAGACAAUUUCACGCCACUUUAGCAUCAUUUGUUCUGUCAUGGCCAGGACAUAGGAAUCCACAGCAAACGUCAGCUUGGCUGCAAGGUAUCCAAGAUUAAGGAAAGUGAAAGCUGGACUGGGUCGAAGGAACAGAAAGGGAUGGCGCAGGAGGAAAAGCCUGGUGUGAAGAGCAGCAGCUCUAUAGUUCCUUGCUUUCUUUUUGUGGAGUUGGUGAUCAUGGCUGGGACGGUGCUGCUGGCUUACUACUUUGAGUACACGGACACCUUCCCUGUGCACAUCCAGGGAUUCUUCUGCUAUGAUAAGAGCUUCUCUAAGCCCUACGCUGGUCCAGACGACACCAGCAAAAUCCCCCCAAUGCUCAUCUAUUCACUCGUCACAGCCAUCCCUACCCUCACGAUCCUUGUUGGGGAGCUUUGUGCAUUCUUUACCAAGGCAGAGGGAACCCAGGAGAAGACCAUAGUCACUGCAGACUGCUGCUACUUCAGUCCUUUGCUCAGGCGCAUUGUACGCUUCUUAGGUGUGUAUGCCUUUGGCUUGUUCACCACUGCCAUUUUUGCCAAUGCCGGCCAGGUGGUGACAGGAAACCAGACGCCUCAUUUCCUAUCUGCCUGCCGACCAAACUACACAGCGUUAGGCUGCCAGUCAACCAUGCAGUAUAUCACAGAGCUCCGCGCCUGCACUGGCAACCCGCUGAUUGUCAUGUCUGCGCGUAAAUCCUUCCCAUCGAAGGAUGCAGCGCUCAGCAUGUAUUCUGCUGUGUACACUGUGAUGUAUGUGACGUUGGUGUUUAAAACGAAGGGAACACGGCUCACCAAACCCACCAUCAGCCUCACUCUGCUGUGCCUGGCCAUGCUGGUGGGAGUGGUAAGGGUCGCAGAGUACCGCAACCACUGGGCCGAUGUGCUGGCCGGAUUCUUCACUGGUGGAGCCAUCUCUGUGUUCUUGGUGACCUGUGUCAUUAACAACUUCCAACAGUUUCAGCCAGGCCCACCUCCACUGCGCCCCCGACGUCCUGAAUCGAUGCUGGGCAUGCCCAUGGUGACACUGCCUUGUGUGGAAAGUCCACUCGAAAAGUUAAGUGGCCCUCAGCAUCCUGCACUCUCUGGCUCCUCACCCUUCAACGCCUACAUCCAGCCAUUCUAACCAAACCUGAACCCUUUCCUCACUGAGAUCCCUCAAUAUCCCUUAUUUCUGUUUGUACAUCCUCUCUCCCUCCAUUGCCCAAAAAAAUCACUUCAUUCGGCACAUUGCACUGGAUUAUUCUUCUCUCCGACCGCCUUCUCUCCCCUUCACCUUCUUCUUCCUGCCCCCCCACACCCCUACCUCUCUCUCCUUCUCACUCCUCUCUCUACCCCUGCAGACUCUGCGGGAAUCUCCGUUUACAGAGAUCACAUGACCAUCAGCCCUAUCGGUUUCCCGGCACUCCCGAUGUCCUCACACCGUCUCGCUCCAUUUCCAGCCAAGUCUAGACCAGCCGGAGCAGCACUCACCACAUUGUGCGGCCCAUGGGGCGGGUCGGAACUCAACGCUGCACCGCUCCUAUUCCACGCAGGUCUAGGUUCUGUAGACAUCACCCUGUAGACCUCCUUAACUGCCGGGGAACCGAUAGGCAAACGUUUUAGACUUUAUUUUCUUACAAUACAGUGAGCAAUCAACUGAGAGUCACCUAGUUCUCAUCAGAAAUUAAUUUUUAUGUUAUUUUGUAUUAAAUCAGUCACAAUUAAUUUUUCCUGCCAUGGGAAAACAACAAACUGUGACUCCAGAGAUUUUCCAUGUUUUUUUCUACCAAUAAGUUUACACAUGUGAAAAAGAGACAGGAUCUGACAACCAGAAGUGGCUGUGAACUCCCAAGAUGUUCUCGGAGGAGUGCCACCAGGAGUUUGCCACUUUGGACCAAAGACACUCGCUGCAAGAAAUGUGUCAAACUGAGAUGCACCCAUUAAAAACACCUUUUAACCGAGCCAUGCACACAAACGCACUCAUACACAUGCUCUUUCUUUCUUCUUCCUGCUUAUCCUAUCCAACACACUGCUGACGUUUGGGUAGCCCACUCUGCACUGCAUGAGGUCCACUCUGAGCAAAGCAAACAUUUAAUGUCUCAGCAGAAGCAACAGACAAAAGCAGACAGGAGAAAGAUGCUGACACUUUCACUAGGGUUUUUUCACUCUGAGAUGGAUGCAGUUUUGCCAAAUGCAAAUAUGUUAGAAAUAAAGGCAAGGUCUUGACUGCAGCCAAAUAAAUUGUUUCACAUUCA